ACCACUUUCUUUCUCUAUAAAACCAUCUCCUCUUUCUCUCUCUACAACUAGAAUAGCUCCGGCCUUCGUCGUCGGCUCCAUUCGGGAAUCGAGGAAUUUCUCGCGUCAAUCUCAAUUCAAUCACAAGAAGAAACCCGAGAAUUCCUCGCAAUCGCCCCCGGUAAACCCUAAAAUUUGAUUAUCUGCACUCCACUUCCAGUUUAAAUCCCCCCAAUUAACCUAGAUCUGUCCCCAAUCCCCCCUCCGGAUCGUAAUUAUCAUAAUCUGGCCGAGAAAAUCCCGAUUGAGUUACAUUUCUAGGUAAAUAUCGAUUAAUUGGUGUAGAAUCCCAAUCGCGGAUGGGCAGGUUUGACAAGGAAACAGCGGUGCCCUCGUCGUCGCCGGCGGAUACGACGUCGACGUCGAUGACGGAAACGGUUAAUGGCUCGCACGAUUUUAAGAUCACGGGGUAUUCACUGUCGAAGGGGAUUGGGAUUGGGAAGUACAUAGCGUCGGAUACGUUUAUGGUUGGUGGGUAUUCGUGGGCGGUUUAUUUUUAUCCGGAUGGGAAGAGCGCGGAGGAUAAUGCUACUUACGUUUCGCUUUUCAUCGCGUUAGCUAGUGAGGGAACCGAUGUGAGGGCACUCUUUGAGCUGACUCUGUUGGAUCAAAGUGGAAGGGAGAGGCACAAGGUUCAUAGCCAUUUCGGUAGGGCGUUGGAGACGGGACCGUAUACUCUAAAAUACCGAGGCAGCAUGUGGGGUUACAAACGGUUUUACAAGAGGACUGCUCUGGAAGCAUCUGAUUACCUGAAGGAUGAUUGCCUUCACGUGCAUUGCUGUGUUGGUGUUGUUAAGUCUCACACGGAGGGACCUAAGAUCUACUCGAUUCCUGUUUCCCCAUCAAAUAUUGGCCUGCAUUUUGGGCAGCUGCUAGAAAUUGGAAAAGGGACUGAUGUAAAUUUUGAAGUUGAUGGAGAAACUUUUUCUGCUCAUAAGUUGGUCCUUGCUGCGCGAUCACCUGUCUUCAGAGCUCAAUUAUAUGGUCCAAUGAAGGAUCAAAAUACGGACUGUAUAAAGAUUGAAGAUGUGGAGGCACCUGUAUUUAAGGCCCUGCUCCAUUGGAUGUACUGGGAUGCACUUCCUGAUUUUGAAGAGCUUACUGGACUGAACUCAAAAGGGGCCUCGAGCUUGAUGUCUCAGCAUAUGCUUGCUGCUGCUGAUCGGUAUGGUUUAGACAGGUUGAGGUUGCUCUGUGAGGCCAAACUUUGUGAGGAUGUUGCCAUCAAUACUGUUGCAACUACAUUAGCACUUGCAGAACAACAUCAUUGUUUCCAGCUUAAAUCUGUCUGUCUCAAGUUUGUUGCUCUUCCUGAAAAUCUUAGAGCUGUCAUGCAGACGGAUGGUUUUGACUACCUUAAAGAAAGCUGCCCACACGUGCUCACCGAAUUAUUGGAGCAUGUUGCCAGGAUCAACGAACACUCCAUUAGUGUUGGCAAGGUAGGGAUCGACGGUAUUCUAGAUGGAGGUGAUGUCAAUGGCAGACGCAUCAAGCAAAGAAUGUAAGAAGGUCGCGAUUGCCUAAUGAUUCCCAAUAGGUGAGUAAGAAAAUACAUUAGAUCCUUAUUUAGGGUUUACUAGAAAUAUGUUGUCGGCCUGCUGGUCGUGUUCGAUACAGGUGUAAAUGAACUACUCAACGGCCUCUGCCAUUGAAAUUUGUAAGAUGUGUAUGGUUCCCCUUGCUAAAUUUGUAAGAUCUGUGAUUCAUAUUUUCUCCCCACCUUUUUGCUGCCUGCUGUUUCUCA